UGAUAAGUCCAUCCUCCAUAUAUACGUGUUGCUGCAGCUAGCACAUAAACAUUUCCAGGCACCUGCUCUUGCCAUUGUCCAUCAUGGCCAUGUUCGUCAUGAAGCCCAUCUCCUUGAUGCUCCUGUACCUCCUCUUAGUAGGCGUUGCCAUUAGCACCGCACCCCUCACCGCCGGAAACAACGACCAUCGCCAGUUCGUCUACUCCGGCUUCGCCAACGCCAGCCUCACCCUCGACGGCACCGCAUCGAUCACACCAAGCGGGCUGCUCGAGCUGACCAACAGCACGGCCAUGAGCAUGGGCCGCGCCUUCUUCCCGGACCCACUGCGCCUCCGUGACCCAUCGCCCACCGGCACGGUGCAGUCCUUCUCCGCCUCCUUCGUGUUCGGCAUCAUCUCCGUCUACGACAUGAUGAGCAGCCACGGCCUCACCUUGUUCGUCGCGCCGAGCAAGAACUUCCCCGCGAUGCCGGUACAGUACCUGGGCCUCUUCGACGGCUCCAACAACGGCAACGCGUCCAACCACAUCUUCGCCGUGGAGCUCGACACCUGGCUGAACGUCGACUUCGGGGACAUCAACAACAACCACGUCGGCAUCGACGUCAAUGGCCUGACCUCUGUGCGGUCCUACCCGGCCGGCUUCUUCCACGAUCAGAAUGGGACCUUCAGGAACCUGACUCUCAGUAGCCAGGAGGCGAUGCAGGUGUGGGUGGAGUACGAUAGGGAGAAGACACGGGUCGACGUCACCUUGGCCCCCCUCGCCAUGGCCAAGCCUAGGAAGCCAACAGUGUCGGCCAUCUGCAACCUCUCGGAUGUGCUCACCGAUGUGGCGUACAUCGGCUUCUCAUCAUCGACAGGCAAGAUCAACACACAGCACUACGUGCUCGGCUGGAGCUUCGCCAUGAACAGCCCUGCUCCGUCCAUCGAUUUAACCAUGCUUCCAAAGCUUCCACGACACCAUCCCAAGGGUCGACGAUCCUGGGUGUUGGAGAUCGUUUUGCCUGUAGCAACUGCAGCACUCCUCCUGUCCUUGGGUGCCAUUGCUUUCUUACUUGUGAGAAGGCAUUUCAGGUAUGCAGAGGUAAGAGACAACUGGGAGUCGGAUUUCGGCCCACACCGGUUCUCGUACAAGGACUUGUUCCAUGCGACGGGAGGAUUUGAGAACAAGAACCUUCUUGGGGUUGGAGGGUUUGGGAGAGUGUACAAAGGGGUGCUUCCGAGGUCAAGGUUGAAGGUAGCCGUGAAGAAGGUGUCGCAUGACUCCAGGCAAGGCAUGAAGGAGUUCAUAGCAGAGAUUGUCAGCUUGGGACGUCUUCAGAACCGUAAUCUCGUUCAGCUGCUUGGCUACUGCCGGCGCAAAGGUGAGCUCCUCUUGGUGUAUGAGUACAUGCCCAAUGGAAGCUUGGAUAAGUAUCUGCAUAAUGGCAAAGAGGGUAACGUCGUGUUGAGUUGGGCUCAAAGGUUUCGGAUCAUCAAGGGAAUCGCAUCCGGGCUGCUGUAUCUCCAUGAGGAGUGGGAGAAGGUGGUUGUUCACCGAGACAUCAAGGCAAGCAAUGUGCUCCUCGAUGACGAGAUGAAUGGACGGCUGGGUGAUUUCGGCCUUGCAAGGCUGUAUGAUCACGGUGCCGACCCACAAACUACACAUGUGGUUGGGACCAUAGGUUACCUUGCUCCAGAGCUAGCGCGCAGCGGAAAUGCCGCUCCUGCUACGGAUGUGUUCGCCUUUGGCAUUUUUGUUCUUGAGGUCACCUGUGGACAGAGGCCUGUCAAUCACCAAAACACGCAAGACAGUCAGGUCAUGUUGGUUGACUGGGUGCUUGACAAGGUGCAGAAAGGGUCAUUCGGUGAUACAGUGGAUUCUAGGCUCAAAGGGAGGCAUGACGGUGGAGAGGCGUACUUGGCUCUCACAAUAGGGCUGCUAUGCUCACACCCUUUCGCCGAGGCAAGGCCCACCAUGCGGCAAGUCAUGCAAUACUUUGGUGGGGAGAUUCAGCCUCCAGAUUUAUGUUUCGAGGUGCUAGCCUGUAUGCAAAGGGAAGGGUUGGAUCCAUACAUCAUUUCAAGUCGGUUGUCAUCGACAACAAGAAUCAGCGCAAUGUCGGACGUCUCUGGAGGAAGAUGAACAUGGUGUUUUGCCAUGAAUGAUGACGUCCAAAUGCAUUUAGUACACACCCUAAGAAGUAUUGCAUGUGUACGUAAUGAGGCACAUAUAUAGGAAGCCUACAUACCUUAAGAAUGUAAUUAUUAAUUUGUCUGUAAAAACAUUAUGUGCUUGUGUUUUCUGGUUAGUAACUUCCUGCAGCACCUUUGUUUUGUAUAAGAAUCUCCUAUCAAAUAAUUGAUGGUGGUCACUGGUGUCAAAAUUCACUAUA